GUGGAGCUGCGCCCAGAGCACGCUUUGCCGCGCGCCCGCCCCCCACGCUCGCCUCCCCCCGGGAGCAGCGGGUCCCAGCGAGUCCCAGCGAGCUGGCCGCUUGCAUGCACCCAGUGCCUGUCCUCUUAUUCUUCUUCCUCCUCCUGCAAGCGUAACCAUGCUGUUCGGGGGCUUCCUCCUGGCGGUGCAAGCCUUGCAGCUUGCUGGUGCCCUGGACCUGCCCGCGGGCUCCUGUGCCUUUGAAGAGGACACUUGCGGUUUUGGUUCGGUGUUUGCGUUUCUGCCGUGGAUUUUGAAUGAGGAAGGCCAUUACAUUUAUGUGGAUACCUCCUUUGCCAAGCAGGGAGAGAAAGCCGUGCUGCUAAGUUCAGACUUGCAGGCUGAGGAAUGGAGCUGCCUCCGCUUGGUCUACCAGAUAACCGCGUCGUCAGAGCUUCUAUCAGAGCCCAGCCAGCUGAACCUCUACUUGAGAUUUGAAGACGAAAGCUUUGAUCGCUUGCUUUGGUCGGCUAGGGAACCUUCUGAUAGCUGGCUCAUAGCCAGCUUGGAUUUACAAAACAGUCCCAAGAAAUUCAAGAUUUUAAUAGAAGGUGUACUAGGACAAGGGAACACAGCCAGCAUCGCACUCUUUGAAAUCAAGAUGACAACCGGCUACUGUCUUGAGUGCGACUUUGAAGAAAAUCAUCUCUGUGGUUUUGUGAACCGCUGGAACCCCAAUGUGAACUGGUUUGUCGGAGGAGGAAGCAUUCGGAACUCUCACUCCAUCCUGCCACAGGAUCACACCUUCAAGAGUGAAAUGGGCCACUACAUGUACGUGGACUCCGUUUACGUCAAGCACUUCCAGGAGGUGGCGCAGCUCAUCUCCCCCAUGACCACGGCGCCCAUGUCUGGCUGCCUGUCCUUUUAUUACCAGCUCCAGCAGGGGAAUGACAACGUCUUCUCCCUCUACACUCGGGAUGGCUCCGGCCUCUAUGAGGAGAUCUGGAAAAUGGACGCUCCGGAGAGUGCUGCCUGGAACCUGGCGGAAGUCGAGUUCAGUGCCCCCUAUCCCAUGGAGGUUAUUUUUGAAGUUGCUUUCAAUGGUCCCAAAGGAGGAUAUGUUGCCCUCGAUGAUAUUGCUUUCUCUCCUGUUCACUGCCAGAAUCAGACAGACACUCCCUUCAGUGCUGCGGAAGCGAGCUGUGAUUUUGAGGAAGAUCUCUGCAACUUUUACCAAGAUAAAGAAGGUCCAGGUUGGGCCAGAGUGAAAGUAAAGCCCAACAUGUACCGGGCUGGAGACCACACCACAGGCUUGGGGUAUUACUUGCUGGCCAACACCAAGUUUACAUCUCAGCCUGGCUACAUUGGAAGGCUCUACGGUCCCUCCCUACCAGGAAACUUGCAGUAUUGUCUGCGUUUUUAUUAUGCCAUCUAUGGGUUUUUAAAAAUGAGUGAUACCCUAGCAGUGUAUAUCUUUGAAGAGAACCAUGUAGUUCAAGAGAAGAUCUGGUCCGUGCUGGAGUCCCCCAGGGGUGUUUGGAUGCAAGCUGAAAUCACCUUUAAGAAGCCCAUGCCUACCAAGGUGGUCUUCAUGAGCCUCUGCAAAAGUUUUUGGGACUGUGGGCUUGUAGCCCUGGAUGACAUUACAGUGCAGUUGGGAAGCUGUUGGGCUUCAGAGAGACUCCCACCUCCACCUGGAGAGUGUACUUUCGAACAAGAUGAAUGUGCAUUUACUCAGGAGAAAAGAAACCGGAGCAGCUGGCACAGGAGGAGGGGAGAAACUCCCACAUCCUACACAGGACCAAAGGGAGAUCACACUACUGGGGUAGGCUACUACAUGUACAUCGAGGCCUCGCACAUGGUGUACGGACAAAAAGCACUCCUCUCGUCCAGGCCUCUGCGAGGCGUCCCCGGAAAGCACUGCUUGACCUUUUUCUACCACAUGUAUGGAGCCGGGACCGGGCUGCUGAGUGUGUAUCUGAGAAAGGACGGAGGCCAUGAGGAGUCCCUGCUAUGGAGAAGAAGAGGUGAACAGAGCAUUUCCUGGCUCCGAGCACUGGUUGAAUACAGCUGUGCGAGGCAACACCAGAUAAUUUUUGAAGCCAUUCGCGGGGUGUCAAUAAGAAGUGAUAUUGCCAUUGAUGAUGUGAAAUUUCAGGCAGGACCCUGUGCAGAAAUGGAAGAUACAGCUCAACAGUCAUCAGGAUAUUCCGAGGACUUGAAUGAAAUUGAAUAUUAAGAAAUUAUCUGAAUUAGACCGACUAAGCAAAAGUCAUACCUCUUUUCGGUCAAAACGAAAGCAAAACAAAUGAAUACUGGACAGUCCUUAACUGUUUCAUAAGUUAUAAAAUGACUUUGAAGCACCCUUCUUCAUUAUUUGUGCAAAACGAUCCUGACUCAGGGCUUUUUUAUUUGUUUCUUUUUGCAUUUGACAACUGUUACUAGAAGUACAGGCUGCUGGUUUUGCAUACAUCUUUCAUCUAAAUUUUGGUACCAGGUGAAAACAUAAAUGUACUGCGCUGUGGUCAUUUUAAAGUACACAGAUAAAGGGCACAAUCGAAACGAUACGUGCUCACUUGGAGCUGCAUUCAGUGAAUGUACUGGGAAGCGAGUAGGGCUUGUGGGUUUCUUUUUGAUUUUCAAGUUUCAUGAGUAUUUUUAAAGUAAAUAAUGCUGGGUGUCGGUAAUAUCUGCAGAAUGAAUGCAGUAUUUCAUUAACAAGUUAGUCUGGGAAAAUAAAGUCUUAUUUUCUAUGUUUUAUUCAUUGAAAUGGAGUGUUAAUUUUUAAUCUUUUCACCAUAUGUGAUAACAAAAGGUCUUUUAUGAAUGUCCCAGGGUAAGUCAGUAUUAAUUAAUGCUGUGUUACAAGGCAAUGCUACCUUUGUUUUUUUCUCUUUGAACUACCUUUGAAAGUCACUAUGAGCACAUGGAUAGAAAUUGCACUUUUUUUUGUAAAGCAAGCUUGAAAAUGUUUAUGAACAC